GUCGAGUUCAUGAUUGUUUGUUUUAUGAUCAGGCUUGUGAUGAACUGCAAUUAGCAAUAUAAACGAUAGGAAGAGAAUGAUUGCCCUUUCAUCUGAAAAGAUGGGGGUCAUGAUCUCAAAACAUUGACUUGAUUCUGAAGCCAACUGAGUCAAAGCUGUGUGCUGAACAGUUUUACUUUCGAUUUCGCCAACUGUACUGGCAGUGCACUGGCAAUCAGACCAUGCGUACCGCCAUCCUUGUCUCUUCUCGGGUGAUGCUGAUGGUGGCGACCAUGGGCGCUGAAGGCGAGGCUCGUGGCGGGCAAGGCUGGUUAGGUGGCGUGUCUGAAUAUCGGGUUUAUGAUCCCUGGAAGAGGCUGCUAGGUGGCUGCUGUGGUUUACAGCAUUUCCUGGCCAAGCUCCUUCUCUUGCCGCAGGGCCUCUUCCCUCAAAAGGUGUGUUGGGUCGUGAGAACUCAUUUCGCCCCUGACUGGGUACGGAUUGUUCCUGGCAAGAGUGCAUUACAGCCGAUGUUGUACUUGCCCAGCGCUGCCCGGCGGUGGGCAAUGUUGCGUUUUCAUUCUCGUCCAUUAUCUCAAUCCUACCUAGCCGGGUUCCGACAAGGCUUUGAGUGGAACGCUUAUCGCUUUUCUGCCUUACGACUUGUCGCCAUGAUGUGCUGAUGGUCUUGUGCGCCUGAUGAUGGUGACUGGGGAGCGGAGGAUCGUCUACCGUGAUGCAAUCAUGUGUAUGGCGGCGAUCCAGGCAAGGUGGCUGCCAAACUUGAAGAUUCGAAUAUUGCGCCGUUUCUAUGAAAUACAGUACCUUGGGGCCUAUCUUCGUCAUGUCUACGGUAUCUACGUUCUUUGGUGCGAAAUAUGCCACUGCGAGAUUACAAGGAUCAUGUCAUGAAGUCAGUUACCGUGAGAGCUGCCGUGCAUGGACAGUCUCGGACCGCACGACGAUUGAGUUAUCGUCGAUCUUGUCGCUGGUGUAGAAUACGUAAUGUGUGCUGAGCACAGACUCGAGAGAGGCUUUUCGGUCUCGAUUCGAAUCAUGCCAGACGUCGGGGCAGGCAAUCCCAGCAGGCUGAGCCAGAAUGACCUCGGGUCCCGGUCCUGCUGGCGAUUUGGCAGGGGCUGUGGCAGACGCUGGUGCAUACAAUAUUUACCAGGUAGGUGACCAUGACCGGCAUUCGUAUAGACUGCGAACAUGGUGCUCGGAAGGCCGUUCAUCGCCGACUCGGGGAGACGCUUUGAUCGGCCUCACUGGCCUCAUUGGGGUUUGCGUCCUCUCAUCCUCUACCAGCUCGGUCUAGGAAGUGCCGUUAUCAAUCGGGGGUUUGUGGCAAGAAUGUCAGUAGAACGUCCGUCUCGGCUGGGAGGACAUCAUCCAACAGCGGAAUGGCAACAUGUGAACGGACUCGCGCGAAACGGAAAAGUGAAGGAUGUUAACAGGCCGUCAGUUCCUAAACGGACAGCUUGUGCAGUCUGAGGCGGUUGACAAAUAGAUCGGAAGGCAUGGCAGGUCCGGGUUAUGGCGAAGUCGAAUAGUGGCCUGUCGACUUGUCUGGAGGCGCUUUGGACGUCUGCAGGUUGGAAUUGACAUGACGCGUGUAGAGCGCGCUUCACUCCUCGA